UGAUGAUCGAACAAUAUCACAAGUCGAUUUCAAGGAACGUAGUGGUGACUAUAGUUAUAGCGUCAUUUAUUAUUCCAGUAUCGCAGGUAGCGCCAUUCAUUAGUUCAGCAUCGCAGGCCACGUGCACAGAACUUCGCCCUUACAUCACAAAAGGGAACCUUACCUGUUUUGAAUGUCCACCAGGGUUUUACCUCUCUGGAGAUUGCACCAGUAAUAACACCAUCGCAGUCUGCGAGGUGUGUCCACAAGGUUACUACUCCAGUGUCCCAGGUGUCCAUACCAGUUGUGCAAUAUGUUCAUCAUUCUGUGAGUCAGAUAAUCUUGAAGUGGUGUCUAACUGCUCGUCAACAACCAAUUUGACAUGUGACUGUCCACCAGGAAAGGUACUGAAGGAUCCACACGACAAACAACAUGCUAUAUGUGAGGAUCCACCAACUCCGAAAACCACACAGAAUUGUUUAGACGAAACUACAAAAAAGGGUAAUGCAUCCACACACAACCAAACCAAAGCUGAUCCUGAUUCAG